AUGUUGGUGCUUAUAUUUGAUCCGACAAGGAAACAGACCCGCAGCAACAAUCAUGCAAAUGAGAAAGAAAUCUAUAUUACUUUUCUCAGUAAAUUUGUUCAAGAAGAUGAUCUAAAAAAGCUCUUUGCUCAACAGUUUGGAGAAAUCAAAGGUGUGAGAGUGGUUUUAGAUCAGGCCGGCCAUUCCAAGGGGUUUUCAUUUGUUGAAUUCAAAACCAAGAUGUCAGCCAAGGCUGCACUUACCAUGAAUAACGUAGAACUGAAAAAGAGAAGGAUUGGUGUCACAAUCUCAAGCGGCAAAGGGCCCUCCUUGGCCCGAAAGCACACAGCAUUCAAAGAUGAAGCAAAACUAAGCUUGACUACUGACCAUCAAAGCCGAAGUGUGAAAGUUUCGAAUAUAGUAGAUGGGACUCAAGAAGCCUUAAUUCAACAAUCCUUUGAACAAUUUGGCAAGGUUCUAAAGACAAUCACCUAUCCUGAAAAGAACAAGGCCUUGGUAGAGUUUGCGCUUGAGAAAGAUGCUGGACAAGUCUUUUUGCAUAAAGAACCGAUUUUAAUCAAUGGGCAGAAGGUGGAGGUUUCAGUUCCGACCACCUCUAUUAAAGGUGGUUUGGCUGCCUCAAGUUCGUUCACACCUCUGUUACCUUGCUCAACCAUCAAGGGUCAGAAGUCGCGGAUCGGACUGGGACAUAGUGCUCGACCAGCGACCAAGGCUCCGGCAGCUAGGAGCAAAGUUGAACUUGAUGACCAACAAAACAGUUCUUCAAAAGAUGUGGAAAUGACCAAUCGGAAUCAACCUACCUCUUUUAAAGCUGGAACUAAAACUCAAGACAAUUUUUGGAAAAUUUUGGGUUGA